AUGGCAUUGGACAGUUUCUACAACAACAAGAUCGAGAGUCUGAAGCUCGAGAUCAUUAAAGGCCAGGCAGUUCUCAGACGUUUGGAGGCUCAGAGGAAUGAUUACAACUCGAGAGUACGACUGCUCAGAGAGGAGCUAGGUCUUCUACAGCAACCUGGAUCAUACGUGGGAGAAGUCGUCAAGGUCAUGGGCACCAAGAAGGUCUUAGUCAAAGUACAUCCUGAGGGCAAAUAUGUCGUCGACAUUGCGGACGAUGUCGAUAUCUCGAAACUCACAGUCGGCAAGCGAGUCUCCCUAUUAAGCGAUUCCUACAAACUCGAAAAGAUGAUGCCAUCGUCCGUCGAUCCACUCGUAUCCCUCAUGAUGGUAGAGAAGGUACCAGACAGUACCUACGACAUGAUUGGUGGGUUGGACCAGCAGAUCAAGGAAAUCAAGGAAGUCAUCGAACUCGGCCUCAAUCAUCCAGAACUUUUCGAGUCGUUGGGAAUAGCACAGCCUAAGGGUGUUCUUCUCUACGGUCCACCAGGUACAGGGAAAACGUUAUUAGCAAGAGCUGUCGCACAUCAUGCAGACUGUAAAUUCAUCAGAGUCUCGGGCUCGGAACUGGUGCAGAAAUACAUUGGUGAAGGUAGUAGGAUGGUCAGAGAAUUGUUCGUUAUGGCUAGAGAACACGCACCAAGUAUCAUCUUUAUGGACGAAAUCGACAGUAUUGGCUCUUCGCGAGUGGAAGGCAGCAGUGGUGGUGAUUCCGAGGUGCAGAGAACUAUGUUGGAACUGCUGAAUCAGCUGGACGGCUUCGAAUCUCACAAAAAUAUUAAAGUCAUAAUGGCAACAAAUCGACUCGACAUCCUGGAUCCUGCCCUGUUACGGCCUGGACGAAUAGACCGAAAGAUUGAGUUUCCUCCACCAUCCGUGGACGCCAGAGCUGAUAUCUUGAGGAUACAUUCCAGAAGUAUGAACUUGACCAGGGGUAUUGAUCUGAAGAAGAUUGCCGAGAAGAUGAAUGGUUGCUCCGGUGCAGAGCUGAAAGGUGUCUGUACGGAGGCUGGUAUGUUUGCGCUGAGAGAAAGAAGAGUGCAUGUAACACAAGAGGACUUUGACCUGGCAACAGCCAAAGUACUGAACAAGCACGACGACAAGGAAGUCUCAUUGGGCAAGUUAUGGAAGUAA